GGCUGAGGCGGGCGCGCGCGCGAGGCUUACCCUCGCUCGGCGGCAGCGGCGGCGCCUUCUUUGUUUCGUGAGGAGAGACGAGACGCUCAUUCUGCCCCCGGCCCCGCGCGGAGGGGUGGGGGCGGCGCCGGGAAGGCGACGGCGCCGUCGACUCCCGCAGGAGACCACUGUCCGCAGCUCCCGUGAAGAUGUCCACUCCAGACCCACCCCUGGGCGGAACUCCUCGGCCAGGCCCUUCCCCGGGCCCGGGCCCCUCCCCUGGAGCCAUGUUGGGCCCUAGCCCAGGUCCCUCACCCGGCUCAGCCCACAGCAUGAUGGGGCCCAGCCCAGGGCCUCCCUCAGCAGGACACCCCAUCCCGACCCAGGGGCCUGGAGGGUACCCUCAGGACAACAUGCACCAGAUGCACAAGCCAAUGGAGUCCAUGCACGAGAAGGGCAUGUCGGACGACCCCCGCUACAACCAGAUAAAGGGGAUGGGGAUGCGGUCCGGGGGCCACGCCGGGAUGGGGCCCCCGCCAAGUCCCAUGGACCAGCACUCCCAAGGUUACCCCUCGCCCCUGGGUGGCUCCGAGCACGCUUCCAGUCCGGUUCCAGCCAGCGGCCCGGCCUCGGGCCCGCAGAUGUCGUCCGGGCCUGGAGGCGCCCCGCUGGAUGGUGCUGACCCCCAGGCUUUGGGGCAGCAGAACCGGGGCCCGACCCCCUUUAACCAGAACCAGCUGCACCAGCUCAGAGCUCAGAUCAUGGCCUACAAGAUGCUGGCCCGGGGGCAGCCCCUCCCUGACCACCUACAGAUGGCGGUGCAGGGGAAGCGGCCGAUGCCCGGGAUGCAGCAGCAGAUGCCAACACUACCUCCACCCUCUGUGUCCGCAACAGGACCUGGCCCCGGGCCCGGGCCCGGCCCCGGUCCUGGACCAGCACCUCCAAAUUACAGCAGGCCUCAUGGUAUGGGAGGGCCCAACAUGCCCCCUCCAGGACCCUCAGGCGUGCCCCCCGGGAUGCCCGGCCAGCCCCCCGGAGGGCCUCCCAAGCCCUGGCCUGAAGGACCCAUGGCGAAUGCUGCUGCCCCCACAAGCACACCUCAGAAGCUGAUCCCCCCGCAGCCAACGGGUCGCCCCUCGCCUGCACCCCCCGCCGUCCCUCCUGCUGCCUCCCCCGUGAUGCCGCCCCAGACACAGUCACCGGGGCAGCCGGCCCAGCCCGCCCCCAUGGUGCCACUGCACCAGAAGCAGAGCCGCAUCACCCCCAUCCAGAAGCCGCGGGGCCUGGACCCCGUGGAGAUCCUGCAGGAGCGGGAGUACAGGCUGCAGGCUCGCAUCGCACACCGAAUUCAGGAACUUGAAAACCUUCCCGGGUCCCUGGCCGGGGAUUUGCGAACCAAAGCAACCAUCGAGCUCAAGGCCCUGAGGCUGCUGAACUUCCAGAGGCAGCUGCGGCAGGAGGUGGUGGUGUGCAUGAGGAGGGACACGGCCCUCGAGACGGCCCUCAACGCCAAGGCCUACAAGCGCAGUAAGCGGCAGUCCCUGCGCGAAGCCCGCAUCACCGAGAAGCUGGAGAAGCAACAGAAGAUAGAGCAGGAGCGCAAGCGCCGGCAGAAGCACCAGGAAUACCUCAACAGCAUUCUUCAGCACGCCAAGGAUUUCAAAGAAUAUCACAGGUCGGUCACAGGCAAAAUCCAGAAACUCACGAAGGCAGUGGCCACAUACCACGCCAACACUGAGCGGGAGCAGAAGAAGGAGAAUGAGAGAAUUGAGAAGGAGAGAAUGCGGAGGCUCAUGGCCGAGGACGAGGAAGGGUACCGCAAGCUCAUUGACCAGAAGAAGGACAAGCGCCUGGCCUACCUCCUGCAGCAGACGGACGAGUACGUGGCUAACCUCACGGAGCUGGUGCGGCAGCACAAGGCCGCCCAGGUCGCCAAGGAGAAGAAGAAGAAGAAGAAAAAGAAGAAGGCAGAAAACGCUGAAGGACAGACACCUGCAAUCGGACCCGAUGGCGAGCCUCUGGAUGAGACCAGCCAAAUGAGCGACCUUCCGGUGAAAGUGAUCCACGUGGAGAGUGGGAAGAUCCUCACGGGCACAGACGCACCCAAAGCAGGGCAGCUGGAGGCCUGGCUGGAAAUGAACCCAGGGUAUGAAGUAGCUCCAAGAUCUGAUAGUGAAGAGAGUGGCUCAGAAGAAGAGGAUGAGGAGGAGGAGGAGGAGCAGCCACAGCCAGCACAGCCUCCCUCCCUGCCCGUGGAGGAGAAGAAGAAGAUUCCAGAUCCAGACAGCGACGACGUCUCCGAGGUGGACGCCCGGCACAUCAUUGAGAACGCCAAGCAAGAUGUUGAUGAUGAGUAUGGCGUGUCGCAGGCUCUGGCUCGUGGCCUGCAGUCCUAUUAUGCCGUGGCCCACGCUGUCACCGAGAGGGUGGAUAAGCAGUCGGCGCUCAUGGUCAACGGCGUCCUCAAGCAGUACCAGAUCAAAGGCUUAGAGUGGCUGGUGUCCCUGUACAACAACAACCUGAAUGGCAUCCUGGCUGAUGAGAUGGGCCUGGGUAAGACCAUCCAGACCAUCGCUCUCAUCACGUACCUCAUGGAGCACAAGCGGAUCAACGGACCCUUCCUCAUCAUAGUGCCUCUCUCAACGCUGUCCAACUGGGCAUACGAAUUUGACAAGUGGGCCCCCUCGGUGGUGAAGGUGUCCUACAAGGGCUCUCCAGCAGCCAGACGUGCUUUCGUCCCUCAGCUCCGGAGCGGCAAGUUCAACGUCUUGCUGACGACGUACGAGUACAUCAUUAAAGACAAGCACAUCCUUGCAAAGAUCCGUUGGAAGUACAUGAUCGUGGACGAAGGCCACCGUAUGAAGAACCACCACUGCAAGCUGACGCAGGUCCUCAACACGCACUACGUGGCCCCCCGCCGCCUGCUGCUGACGGGCACGCCACUGCAGAACAAGCUCCCUGAGCUCUGGGCCCUCCUCAACUUCCUGCUGCCCACCAUCUUCAAGAGCUGCAGCACCUUCGAGCAGUGGUUCAACGCGCCCUUUGCCAUGACCGGGGAAAAGGUGGACCUGAAUGAGGAGGAGACCAUUCUCAUCAUCCGUCGUCUCCACAAAGUGCUGCGGCCCUUCCUCCUCCGGCGGCUCAAGAAGGAAGUCGAGGCUCAAUUACCUGAAAAGGUGGAAUACGUCAUCAAGUGCGACAUGUCCGCGCUGCAGCGCGUGCUUUACCGGCACAUGCAGGCCAAGGGGGUGCUGCUCACCGAUGGCUCUGAGAAGGAUAAGAAGGGCAAAGGUGGCACCAAGACCCUGAUGAACACCAUCAUGCAGCUGAGGAAGAUCUGCAACCACCCGUACAUGUUCCAGCACAUCGAGGAGUCCUUUUCCGAGCACUUGGGGUUUACCGGUGGCAUCGUCCAAGGGCUGGACCUGUACCGAGCCUCGGGGAAAUUCGAGCUGCUCGAUAGAAUUCUUCCCAAACUCCGGGCCACCAACCAUAAAGUGCUGCUGUUCUGUCAGAUGACCUCCCUCAUGACGAUCAUGGAAGACUAUUUUGCGUAUCGCGGCUUUAAAUACCUCAGGCUAGAUGGGACCACGAAAGCGGAGGACCGGGGCAUGCUGCUGAAGACCUUCAACGAGCCCGGCUCCGAGUACUUCAUCUUCCUGCUCAGCACCCGGGCUGGGGGGCUGGGUCUGAACCUCCAGUCAGCUGACACUGUGAUCAUAUUCGACAGUGACUGGAACCCCCACCAGGACCUGCAAGCGCAGGACCGUGCCCACCGCAUCGGGCAGCAGAAUGAGGUGCGUGUGCUCCGCCUCUGCACGGUCAACAGCGUGGAAGAGAAGAUCCUGGCUGCGGCCAAGUACAAGCUCAACGUCGACCAGAAGGUGAUCCAGGCCGGCAUGUUCGACCAGAAGUCCUCCAGCCACGAGAGGCGCGCUUUCCUCCAGGCCAUCCUCGAGCACGAGGAGCAGGACGAGAGCAGACACUGCAGCACGGGCAGCGGCAGUGCCAGCUUCGCCCACACUGCCCCUCCGCCAGCGGGCGUCAACCCCGACUUGGAGGAGCCACCUCUAAAGGAAGAAGACGAGGUACCUGAUGAUGAGACGGUGAACCAGAUGAUUGCCCGGCACGAGGAGGAGUUCGACCUGUUCAUGCGCAUGGACCUGGACCGCAGGCGCGAGGAGGCCCGCAACCCCAAGCGGAAGCCACGCCUGAUGGAGGAGGAUGAGCUCCCCUCGUGGAUCAUCAAGGAUGACGCAGAGGUGGAGCGUCUGACCUGUGAGGAGGAGGAGGAGAAGAUGUUCGGCCGCGGCUCCCGCCACCGCAAGGAGGUGGACUACAGCGACUCGCUGACCGAGAAGCAGUGGCUCAAGGCCAUCGAGGAGGGCACGCUGGAGGAGAUCGAAGAGGAGGUCCGGCAGAAGAAAUCGUCGCGGAAGCGCAAGCGGGACAGCGAUGCCGGCCCCUCCACCCCGACCACCAGCACCCGCAGCCGCGACAAGGACGACGAGAGCAAGAAGCAGAAGAAGCGUGGCCGGCCGCCUGCCGAGAAGCUCUCCCCCAACCCGCCCAACCUCACCAAGAAAAUGAAGAAGAUCGUGGACGCUGUGAUCAAGUACAAGGACAGUAUUCUUGCAAGGGAACCUUAACAUUGUGAAAAUGAAGAAGACCCUUGAAGGUCAGUGGGGAAGGAUGGACUUUUCAAAAAGUCAUGCUGAUCACUGGGAUAUCCAUACGGAGAAGAUGAAUAUUGACCGCUCCUCACGCCAUACACAUAUAUUAAUUUGAAAUGGAUUACAGACAUAAAUGUGAUGUAAAUCAACUAUAUUUCAAUAAAUCUUUUUAAAAAAACCCAUAAAUGUGAAAGGUACAACAUGAGAAAAAAUUUUCGUGUCCUUAAAGGAAGCAUAGACUUCUUCAGUAGGACAGAAACGUCACUAGCCAUAAAAGAUUCACAAGUUAGACUUCACUAAAAUUAAGAACAUUUGUUCAUCGAAGGACACCCUCAUGAAGAUGGUGAAAAUUACCACAGACUAGGAAAAGAAAAUUCAAUUUUAAAAUGGGCAAAAGGCAUGAACAGACACCUCCCAGAAGAUACCCCAGUGACCAGUCAACGUGUGAAAAGGUGCUCAGGGUCACCACAUCAACGUCAUAACAAGAAGGACAUGCACAAGAAACUGAGAGUGAGGUGUCUCCUCACACACACCAGAAGGGUUAAAAUUCCUUGAAGUACCACCAAGGACGUGGGGCAGUAGGACCACACGCCCUGCUCAUGGGAGCGUGUGGCUCUGGGCAGUAUCUUCUGAAGCGUGACACACACAUAAAGCUCCUGACCCAGCCACUCCAGUCCUAGUCCUGAGUGCAUACAGCCACCAGAAGACAUGUACAGGUGCAUCCAUAGCAGCUCUGAUCACGACUCCCCUAAAGGAAACAGCCCAGUGCCCACCCACAGGGGAACACAUCCACAGUGGCCUAAUCGAAGAACAGAAUUCUAAUGGCCACGAGAACAGACAAACUACUACUCCCUGGAAGAAUCUUACAGACACUUUGUUGAGUGAGAGAAGCCAGACACAGAAAAGUACCUAUUGUAUUGCUUCCAGUUAUAGGAAGUUAAGCUGACCGACGGUGAUGAGCAUGGGUCAGUGGUUACCUCAGGUCGGAAUUGACAGGGACGGGACACCAGGGAGCCUUCUGGGACGUUGGGAUCUUGGUCUGCACGUGAAAACCUUCACCACGCUGUACACCUAAGAUAAGAUAUGUGCACUUUCCUGUAGUAGGUUACACCUCGGUUUAAAAAUAGUAGACACUUGAAAUCGGCAUCCUGCACUCGAU